AUGUCAUUUCAAACAGGUAAAGUAGUAGUUCGGAAAAUAGUUGAUUUCAGUAAUAGACAUCCUGUAACAAGAGGAAUGGCAACUUAUGCUGUCUCUUGGCCUGUUGCAAGUCUUAUGCAGCAACAUCUAGAAGGGCGGGAGAAAUAUGAUUACUGGAGAACAACAAGAUUUUUAUUGUAUGGUUCAUUAUAUGUUGCACCUACCCUGAAUUUAUGGAUGACUAUAGCCAGAUAUCUUUGGCCACAAACCACAUUGGCAGCUGCUGUAACUAAGGCAGUCGUAGAGCAAGUUUUGUACACACCAUUUGCUAGUAUUAGUUUUUUUUUCUGGAUGUCUGUUCUUGAAGGAAAAACUGUUGAACAAGCAAAAAAAGAAGUAUCUGAAAAGUUUUUCCCCACAUAUAAGGUUGCCAUUUGUAUUUGGCCUAUUGUACAAACAGUGAACUAUACACUUAUUCCAGAAAAGAAUAGAGUUCCUUUUGUUAGCCUUUGCAGCCUUGCUUGGACUACAUUCCUUGCUUAUAUGAAACAUCUUGAAGGAAGUCAUUUUAAACAGCAUCUACCAAUGCCUAUGCAUCACGAAAAGAAGAAAAUCGAAAGUGCAUCUUGA